GUUACAAACUAUUUCCGAAGCCAGCUGCUGCUCCUGCUCUCGGAAUUCACACCCCCCCCCCCACCUCCCCCGUGGCAGAACAAGCCCAUAGAAACCACCACCGCAGAGAUCCACCGCUGCGGCCGGGGCUCCGCGUCUUCUUUGGCACAAAACCCUUCGGUUAUUUUUCUAUAAAUCUAUAUUAUCCUGUUUUUUUCCCUCUCCUUCCUCCACUCGUGCCGCCGCCCCGCAGCCUCCUCCCCCGGCGGCGCGCGUGGUGCUGUUGUCGCCGUCCCGCGUGUGCGUGCGACACGGCGGAUCGGCGAAGCUGCUUCCUCCAACUUUCCUGCCUAAAAUUUGGCCGGAACAUGUCUCUGACCAACACAAAGACGGGCUUUUCGGUGAAGGACAUUUUGGACCUCCCCGACACCAAUGAUGAGGACGGCUCCGCCGCGGAGGGAGGCGAGGAAGAGAGCGAGGCGCCGGAGCCUCCCAAGAAAGCGGGAGUUUUGGGACAAACCCCCUUGGACACUGUUCAGACUCUGCCUUUGAAGAACCCUUUCUAUGAUAAUAGCGAUAAUCCCUACACGCGCUGGCUGGCGAGCGCCGAGGGCAUCCAAUACUCCCUGCACGGGCUGACGGCCGGUGGCGGUGGCCAGGACCCCUCUGCCAAAUCGCCGGAGCCGUCGGCCGACGAAUCGCCUGACAACGAGAAGGAAGCGGCGGGCGGCGGGGACGCGGGGAAGAAGAGGAAGAGGAGGGUGCUCUUCUCCAAGGCGCAGACCUACGAGCUGGAGCGGCGGUUCCGGCAGCAGCGGUACCUGUCGGCGCCUGAGCGGGAGCACCUGGCCAGCCUGAUCCGCCUCACCCCCACCCAGGUGAAGAUCUGGUUCCAGAACCACCGCUACAAGAUGAAACGAGCCCGAGCCGAGAAAGGUAUGGAAGUGACUCCUCUUCCCUCCCCGCGGCGGGUGGCCGUGCCGGUCUUAGUCAGGGACGGCAAGCCCUGCCACACGCUCAAAGCUCAGGACUUGGCAGCCGCGACUUUCCAGACGGGAAUCCCCUUCUCCGCCUAUAGCGCCCAGUCUCUACAGCAUAUGCAAUACAACGCCCAGUACAGCGCUACCAGCAACCCCCAGUACCCCACAGCACACCAUUUGGUACAAGCUCAGCAAUGGACUUGGUGAAGGCUGGAGGGGAGCGCGCACACACGCACACGCUACCCACACACACUCAAAAAAAAAGGAGGAAAAACAAAAAUAAUAAAGAGAGAGAGAAAGAGACGGACUGAUGCUCCAAAACAAACAAAAAAAAAAAUCAAAACUGCGGGGGAAGGAAUGGAGAGGGAAACGCUA